AUGUGUUCAAUUGAAUCGAUACGGCAUUCUUCACAUUCAACAACAAAAAAAUUAUCUAACCGAAAACUGUCAUUAAGAAUAAUUGAAAAACGUUUAAAUCAUCUACGAGAAGCACUACAAAAUUUAGCAGAAAAAGAAAUCACAAAUCAUGAGCAAGAUAUUGAUUAUGAUGAAAAUUAUCAUGUGCAAUAUAAAAAACGUUUAGAUCAAUUAUUGAGAUUAUACGAUAAACAAGUUAAUAAUCUAAAUCGUUGGCGCUAUUAUCGAUCGGAUACAAUUGAAAAGAUGUAUGCACAUGAAUUACGUCAAUCCGAUGAAGUAUUUCAAAUGAAAAGAAUCGAUUUCAAAGCAAAAUUGUUAUCAACAUUUAAUGAUAAACGUCGUCAUUUAGAAUAUGAACAUCAAAAUGUUAAUAUUCGGCAUCGUCAAAAUUCUGAUAAUGAUCAAUAUUUACUUAAUGGUAUAAAUAAUAAUAUCAAUGAUGCAAAUCUAUAUGAUGGACAUCCACAUCAUUCCAAUGAAUCUAAUCAACAGCAACGACCUAUGUAUAACUUAAGACGAGCAGCUGCUAAUGAUAUUAUAUCAGAAAGUUCCGCAGCACCCACAACAGCAUCACUAAAAGAUUUAUCUAUAUUCAGCGGAACAAAUUCAUUAUUACCACCAUUUGGUGGCAUUGAAUUACAAAGAUCAUUGUCAAAUUCGGAUAUCGAUCAAGAUUUAAAAGAUAUUCAUCGUAGUUUGAAGAAUAUUGAACCAAUAGUGGACAAGAAAUUAUAUGAAAGUCUAAGUGACGAUUCAUCAAUCAAAUCUCUAAUUGAUGUUCGUAUUGAAGAAGGUCGUCUGUGGUAUCAACGAGCGUGGUUUUCACGUAAUUCACCAAUACUUUUAGUUUUUGAUGAUCUUGAAAUAGUUCCUGCACUUGUUUUAACAGUUGGUCGGAAUGAUUUACUCAUACGUCGUUCAGGUACAAAUAUAAAGCAUCGUGUUAGUCUUUCGCUUUUACACGAUGGACAUUUAUCAAUUCGAAAACGUGGUUGUAUGUUUUAA